AACCAUCCUUUUUUUUUUGUCAUUCUGUCAAAAAUAGGCCAUGCCUACGAGCUCGAUGACUACAUCGCCCUUGCACCCGACAAUUCCGGAUGGACCCAUUUAUAUCCACCACCGAUCGACCACGACAGGAUGUGCAUUGUCGAAUGUGGUCUCUUGUUCACAUAUCCAUUGCUUUGAACACAACCGACAGCCAUACUCAAUUGCAAGACCAACAUGUCAAAAGAAGGAAUUGCUGUCCCCAGCAUCUUUGCGUACGGAGGACCAGGAUAAUUCACAGGACUUUCAUUUGCACUCGGGUGGAUCCUUAUUUUCAAGGCAACUUUCAUCCAGCGACAACAGAACAUCGUCGUCAUCAUCAUCAUCAACGUCAUCGUCAUCAACACCGCAGGAGCAUUCGUUCCUGGAGUCUCAUAUCGCAUCAAUUGGUCAGUGGCUCUCUGCAAACGCUGGAUCGGCUUAAGGAGAUCGCGUGCGCGCUCUGUUCCAUUCUGCUGGAAACUCUUCUCUCUCUCCCUUUCUCUAUCUAUCUCUGGUCCCCUUGUAUCGUAGUUCUCCUGCAUUUUUUUCUUGUUAUUGUUUCCCCCUUUGCAUAUUGUACUUUUUGUAAUAGUGUUCUUCUCAUAGACUCAUAGAUCCCAAAAUAAUUGAUGAGGAAUGAGAAUCGAUUUUUUUU